UUAUGUCUGAAAAUGGCGGACAACACAACGUCUGUAGUGAAUGCCUACGUUUUUGAUUUUUUAAGUAAAAAGAAUAAAAAACUGGCAAUAUCUUUUCAAAAAGAAACUAAAGCUACACCUUUACCCAACGGUGCACCGACUAUAAAUGAAAUUUUAUUACAUUAUCUAAAAACAGGACCUAAGGCAAAGCAAAUAAAACAAAACGUAAAUGAAAGUGAUGAAGAAUCGAGUAGUGAAGAAGAAGCAGCAUCUAAACCUAAAUUAACAAAUGGUGUCGCACAGAAAAAGAUUUCAAAGAAAGCAGAUUCUAGUAGUGAAGACAGUUCUGAAGAUGAAAAACCUGCAGCUAAACCACAGCCAGUUAAACAAGCGCAAAAAAAAGAAAGCAGUUCAGACGAUUCAUCUGAAGAAGAAGUAAAGGCCCCAGUAAAGCCCAUUCUUAAACAGCAGACAAUUAAACCCCAGAAGAAAGAUAGCAGUAGUUCUGAAGAAUCAUCAGAAGAUGAGGCUCCUAAAAAAGUUCUACCUGUUAAACCUGUUCAGAAACCGAAUCUAAAGAAACAAGAGGAAAGCUCAGAUGACUCUUCUGAUGAUUCAGAUGACAAAAAGAAACCUGCAGCAAAAAUUACACCACAGAAGCCGGUUGUUAAAGUUCAGAAAAAACAAGAUAGUUCUGAUGAUAGUUCUUCUGAAGAAGAAGCUCCAAAAAAACCUGUACAAAAAGCUCCUGUGAAGCCACAACCAGUUGUUAAGCCACCUAUGAAGAAACAAGAUUCUAGUUCUGACUCUGAGGAAUCAUCUGAGGAAGAAGCACCCAAAAAACCUAUAGUUAAAACCCCACCAGUCAAACUUGCACAACCGAAAGCAGUUUCCAAAAAAGAAAGUAGUGAUGACAGUUCUUCUGAAGAAGAAGCACCUAAAAAAGCCACUCCUAAACCAACUCCGGUUGCCGCUAAAACAACUGCUGUCAAAAGAAAAGCAGAAAGUUCAGACGAUUCAGAUUCAUCUGAAGAUGAAAAACCUCCAUCUAAAAAACCUGCUCUUACUCCAGUAAAGAAGACCAUUGUUACUCCAAAAAAAGCUGAAGCGAGCAGUUCAGAAGAUAGUAGUGAUGAAGAGGAAGUCAAAAAAACAGUCGUAGCAAUUCCGAAAAAACCAGUUGCUAAAAAAGAUAGUUCUGAUGAUGAUUCAAGUGAAGAUGAAGCUCCACCCAAACCGGUAGCUAAACAAACUCCAGUAGCUAAGAAAGCUGCAAAAGCUGAAAGCAGUUCAGAAGAAUCUAGUGAAGAAGAAAAGAAACCUACACCAAAAUCCACUCCAAAAAAACCUGUCAGUAAAAAAAAAGAAAGCUCAUCAGAGGAAGAUAGUGAUGAUGAUGAAACACCAGCACCAAAAAAAUCAGCAACCUCCACUCCCGCUCCAAAAAAGGUAGCUGCAAACAAAGAAUCUUCAGAAGAAUCGUCAGAGGAAGAUGAGGAAGAAACUAAAUCUAAAAAAAAUGACCAGACUGAAACUGACGAUGUUGAAAUGACGAUUAAAAAGCCGAAAUACGACAACUUCGUGAAAGCAGGGCAGAAUAAUAGUUUCAAUGGAAAUGAUAGGGCGAGGAACACCCCAUUCCGUCGCGUCAAAGAUGAAGAAAUUCAAGUCGACCCCAGAUUAAUUGACAACUCCUUUGAAGCAAAGGUAAAAUGCAAAUCUCAUGGAAAGUACAACUGAGACGGCGGCAGGAGAAGGGGUUUUAAUAUUAAAAAUUAAUUAAAAAAAUUAAAUUGUAACUUAAAUGAGAUUUGCACGUUACCCUUUGUACUUCGCCCUUUCCGUUGUACUUACAUGUUUUUUUUUUUCUUUUCUUUUUCAUGUUGGCUGCUUCGUCAAACACCAAUAUUGUCUCUCUUUUUGAAUACCACAAAUUAGAAUUCGUUUGGCGGUAAUAGAGGUGGAAGGGGCGGAUUCCGCGGCGGUAGAGGUGGUGACCGCGGAGGUAGAGGUGGCGACCGCGGAGGUCGAGGUGGUAGAGGAGGCGACCGCGGAGGCAGAGGUGGUUUCAGAGGCGGUUUUAACCGAAACUCAGACGGAGGCGGUGAAAGGAAAAGUUGGGGCGACAAUAACCGAGGCGGCGGAGGAUUUAGAGGCGGUCGCGGUGGUAACAGGGAUAGCGGAGGAUUCGGCGGUCGAGGGGGAUUUAACAAAUCAUUCGGCGGUAGCGAUAGGGGCGGCGGUAGGGGAGGUUUCGGUAACAAAUCGUUCAAUCAGAGAGACAGUUUUGGAUCGAAACCGGCGGAAAACAAGAAAAUUACUUUUGACGAUUAGAUGGAUUAGUUUGUAUUAAUUUAUAAUGCAAGAGGAUCCUGGGGCGAGAGGGCAAACACCGACUUAAAGCAUACUAGGGGAAAAUCUUUUAGACACGAGAAAACAAAGAAGAAAAGAGGAUCCUAUCGCGGAGGCACCAUCGAUACAUCAAUUAAUUCCAUUAAAUUUGAAUAAAUGUAAUUACUUUUAAUUAUUUUUUAUACUAUAUCUGAUAAGUCUGUAAAACUUUUUAAUGUCCAAUUUGAAAAUUGUGUCGUUUUAUACAUCUGAACGCCAGAACACGUAUGUAAGUAUUUUUGAAAAUGUUUUCAAAAUCAAUUAUUAUAUUACAUAUUUACUUAUGGUGCCUUUUAUAAUCAUUAUUAUAUUGUUUGAAAAGGUCUAUUUAGACGUUGGCGUAGAUUUUAGUUAAUAUUACUGUGAUUUCUAUGUGGACCUAUUUUUUUUAUUAACUGCAUCGGUAAAUAUUCUGCCAUUGACUUUUUUUCUGUUACAUCAUUGGAUAUUUUGAAAAAAAAAAAAACAAACUGAUGUGGAUAACUAAAUAUAUUGUUUUAUUUUUAAACUAAAUAAAGCAUGUAUAAUAAAUUAGUUUUACUUAUAAGUCUCUUGAGAGGAAUGUUAAAAAGAAUUUUUAUUACUAUUGCUUGAAUAAAAACCCAAAAUAAAUUAUAUUUAAUUAUAAUGUUAUCGUUACAAGCUAUUAUAUCAGACUGACUUUAUUUUAUUAAAAUGUUACUAUGAGAAAAAAUUAGAGUCAGCAAUUCACACACACUUCACAUAGAUUCAGUAACACUGCCGGCAACCCGAUACCGUUUUCCUGUAAAAGGUAUAUGGGGCCAUCGAUCGUAACUCGGGGAACACGGAGCGGUCUGCGAGCAUAAAGCUUCAACUGGUGCAAUCUGUUUCUCACAGUUUGGCUGAUCACAACAUGAUGUGUGCGGUACAACUGAUUUGCUAACUGACCUGCUGUGACAGUUUGAUCAGGACAGAUACUUUAGGGUGCUGUUUCCCUUUCGUCUCUAUCUUGAGCAGUUUAGGCACUAUUCAAGUUCAAAACUUCAAACGCGAAUAUCUCGGAAACGGUAAGAGAUAGAGCAAAAUGACCCAGGGGGCAACGGGACGCAGAUAUUUUUUUCUUAACCAUCCUCCCGAGUCCUACCGCUUGCCAAGUCCUCACUUGCUGCAUAUGCGCGUACCUAUCUUUGAUUUGAUUGGAAAUUGUACAUAUUUCUUAUUAUUGUCGUACCAGUUAAAAAUAGGUUAUGUUAUAAAUGCAGAAAGAUGAUACUAUAAUAAUAUGCAUUCAAGAAAAUAUAAAUAAAUAGGAAUAGUUACAAGUAUAAAUACAAAGUUUAAUAAUUAUUUAAAUAAAAUACCUAGUAUAAAUACAGAAUAAAUUAGACAAUGAUAACUUACUGAUGCAUUAUAAUGCCUGUGUGCAAGCUAGUUUAUGUUUCGAUUUAGAAUGAUAUAGAAAUAAAUAAAUAAUAAAACAAAAUAAAAGUAUCGUCGUUUAUUACUUUUGUAAGCAAG